AGAAAACUUUUUUGUGACAAGUUUCGUUCUCAUCGUCGUAACCCUAGGAUACUGAAAGGUGGCGUCUUAUUCUUUGCGUUUGACAUGACAACGCACCCGCAAAUCUCCCUUGCAGCACUCCCAGAUAGCUCUCGGGCGCACAUGGACUUUCUCGACUCCACAUGGUUCAAGACCCAUGGUCGAACACGACAAUUUCCGACGCCCGAAUAUGUACGCUCCUUCUUCAGGCCGACACAGCUUCUUCGUCCUGUCAGAUUUGAGGAUCUGGGUCUCAUUGUCAAAUUCGGGCCAGAUAUAUCCAUGACGGAAGCAAUCAAUCUUUGGGUCAUUCGGAAAGUCUUCCAGCAUCUAGUACCAGUGCCCGAAGUUUACGGAUGGAGGGUGCUCGAACGGGAAGGAAAACCCCGCGAAGUCUUCAUCUACAUGCAACUUGUCCAGGGGCCUACGCUCGAGCAACGGUGGAUGACAAUGUCUUUCGAUGAAAAGCAGACGAUAAGCAGCGAUCUACGUGCUAUGGUGUCUUAUCUUCGCAGCUUUCGAGAUAAUGAAUCGGAGCAAUGUAUUGGUUCUAUAUGUCAUGGCUCUGCGCCUGAUCGCUGCUUGGAAGGCUUACCGUUGCUGAAGCCAUUUCCCGCUCGAGUUGUCUUCCAUGACUGGCUCUCCUGGUUGUGGCGCCGGCAUGUUCCUGACCCACAGAGCCUCGAAGAUCCUUGGAGGGACUUGCUUCCAGACGACGGGUCUAUUGUUCUUACGCAUGGUGAUCUGCGUCCAGCUAACAUUAUCGUCACUGCUACGAGUCCUGCCAAGGUUGUUGCGAUUCUUGACUGGGAGCAGGCAGGUUGGUAUCCGGACUACUGGGAAUAUUGUAAAGCUAUGUUCACAGCUUCAUAUAAUGGAGAGUGGCGUGGGUGGAUUGAUCAGUUUUUAGAUCCACACACGGCCCCUUUGGAAGCAUUCAAUUUCUACACGCGUACCCUUGGUCAACUUUAACAUUCACGCACUCAUAGAGAAGAUAAUAGUUUAAGUAGCGUUGAAGCAAUUCUCGAGAUAUGGAACAGAUGGGUUGCCACAAAACUGCCUUUAUAUUGCGAUUGGUUGAGAAAAAGCAGAACAACUAUCAGGAAACAAGCAGCCGGCUCCACGCAAGACAACGCAUUUCUACAUGCGAAUCACAACGAGAGAAACCGCCAAAC